AUGUCUGGUCCCAUCACCGUCCGCAACCUCACAGCACAGCCGUUGACGAUCAAAGUCGUCGAGCGGUAUGAAGCUCCGAAUCUACAGGACCUGCCCGAGGGCGAGCGGAGGAGAAGCUCCCUCACAUCUUUUACGAAGAGCUUCGCCAACAUGACCACGAAUCUCGUGAGCAACGUAACCGGCGGCGAUUCACGGGCUCCCACGAAUCUUCAACUCAGCGAGAAAGCCGAGAGCUUCACGCGGCAGGAUGUCGAUGUCCGGAUGGAGCCUUUCAGUACGCACAAGACGGAUAUCAAGACGACGGAACGCAAGCCGGACGAAAUCUUGAGGUUGACGCUGCACGGGGAUGGUCCUGGGAAGUGGAGGAUCGAUACGCCGACACCUGCUGCGGCUCAGAAGUUGACACCCCUUGUGGCUGAUCCUGCUCAUGAGUAUACUGGUGUUUACAAUCCGAGUAACUCGUUUCUGGCUAUUGUGGAGAGCACUGAUCAACACAACUGGAUGAAGGAGUUUGGCGAUGACACGCCGUUGUCUGCGCUCAGUAUCCCCGGAACUCAUAACUCGCCGACAUAUCACAAAGCACUGCCAUCUGUUCGGUGUCAAGCCGUGAGCCCAGUAGAGCAGCUCAGGAAUGGUGUGCGCUUCUUCGACAUUCGAGUCCAGCCUGGCAACCCUCAAGAUCCAAAGGACGACAAUCUGAAUCUCGUCCAUGGUGUCUUCCCAAUCUCUUUGACUGGACCGAAGAAAUUUCGAGGACUACUCAAUGAGGUUUUAGACUUCCUAAAAGAAAAUCCAUCCGAAACCCUCAUCAUGUCUCUGAAACGAGAAGGCCCUGGAGACGCCACCGAUCAACAACUGUCCCUCAUCCUCAAAGAUCUCUACACAGACGACUCCAAAUGGUACACCGAACCCCGAGUCCCCAAACUCGGCGAAGUACGCGGCAAAGUUGUCUUGCUACGACGCUUCGCCAUCGCCGACCGCCUCAAACAAGAAUGGGGCGGUCGAGGCUGGUGCUUAAACGCCGAAAACUGGGCCUACAACACCCCCGACUGCACCUACGGAGACGUGCGCGUGCAAGACUUUUGCGAAGUUCUUGAGACCGAAAACAUCGACAAGAAAAUCCAACUGUGCUGCGACCACUUCGAACGAGCUGGACAGGUCGUCUGCCCCAUCCCUGGCGUCACGACCGAUAGUGUCAACCCCGUGCCGGCUGGACCGCUGUAUAUCAACUUCCUGUCGGCUUCGAAUUUCUGGAAAGUCGGGUGUUGGCCGGAUAAGAUUGCUGCGAAGCUGAAUCCCGCCGUGGCGGCUUUCCUGCGCGAGAAGCAUGAUGUUGGAGAUAAGGGGGUGGAUGCGCCUGGGGAGGUUGUGGAGGGUGAUGGGGGUGUCGGGAUUGUAGUUACGGAUUGGGUGGGGAAGGAUGGGGAUUGGGAUUUGAUUCGGACGAUUGUGGCGAUGAAUAGCAGGUUGCUGCUGAGGCAGCGUGGGAGGGGAUGGCGUUGA